UGCAAACAAACAGAACAUUAUUUUAAAAAUAACCGGGUCAAACCCAAUUGCCCGAUCUCUCUUGGACAGAAUUUUGAACUUGAAAAUUAUGAAUAAGGAACGAGUCCAGUCAACGCAAUCGGGCAGUUCAUAUUUUCAACGCCCAUGACUGCUUCUCCUCAGUUAUGUUCCUUACUAUCCCCUAAUAUAAAUAGCUUCUAUGGCGUCUCCCCAUUUUCAUUCAAUUCAUCAUCUUCUUCACCCACAAGAAACAAACCAAGCAGAAAAUUAAAGAAAGCCCUAUAUUAUUCAUCAUAUGGCUUCCCUGCAAGCUUCAGGUCUCAUCUCCUCCUCAAGAGUAUGUUCAUCAAAAAAAAUAAAUGCUGCAAUUUCUGUCCCCAAGCUUCCAAGAAUCCGUUUCCCAGAUCCAAAAACACCAUCAAAUAACUUGGUUGAGGAACUGAUUUUGAGAAAUGGGUUCACAAACACGAUCCCGGUAGAAAAAAGUGUAACUCUUCCCAGAAUAGAUAAGGAAACUUUUGUCAGUUCCUCAACAUCUAAAGCAACAACCAAGCUUUACGCAAUCCUUGAGGCUGUAGCUGAUAGAGUGGAGAUGCACAAGAAUGUGGGAGAGCAACGUGACAAUUGGAACAAACUUCUAUUAAACUCCAUUAACAUGAUCACUCUCACAGCUACAACUAUGGCUGGUGUUGCAGCAGCUGGUGGGGAAGGAUCUCCUCUUUUAGCAUUAAACGUAGGGUCAACACUCUUGUUUAUUGCAGCUACAGGGAUGUUGUGUAUAAUGAACAAAAUCCAGCCCUCACAGCUAGCAGAAGAGCAACGUAAUGCUACGAAAUUGUUUAGGCAGCUUCAAAGCCAAAUACAAACUACACUUGCUCUUUAUGAUCCUACUGAAUUGGACGUGAAGGAUGCAAUGGACAAAGUAUUGGCUCUUGACAAAGCUUAUCCACUUCCUUUGCUUGGGAAAAUGAUUGAGAAGUUUCCUGCAAAAUUUGAGCCAGCCGUUUGGUGGCCCAACACUAAAAACUUCCAAAGAAAUAGCAAAAGAUCUGGAAAUAAUGGAUGGAGUGAGGGGCUUGAAGUGGAGAUGAGGGAAGUUAUUGAAGUGAUAAAAGGAAAAGAUACAGAAGAUUAUAUGAGGUUAGGAAACUUGGUAUUGAAGAUAAACAAGGUUUUAGCCAUCUCAGGUCCAUUGCUCACAGGCAUUGCAGCUGCUGGGUCUGCAUUUGUGGGUAACAGUCCUUGGGCAGCGAUAGUUGCAGUGGCUGCAGGUGCAUUAGCUACCACAGUUAAUACGUUUGAGCAUGCUGUUCAAGUGGGUAUGGUGGUUGAAAUAUACAGAAACUGCGCUGGAUUCUUCUCACUUUUGGACGAAUCAAUUGAGUCCACACUAGAAGAAGCAGAUUUUGAUAGAAGAGAAGAUGGAGAAAUAUUUGAAAUGAAGGUGGCUUUACAACUUGGAAGGAGCACGUCAGAGCUUAGAGAUCUAGCCCAAAAAUCCUCUUAUUCUAGUAUAGAAGGAACCACCAUAGAUGAAUUUGCUAGCAAGCUUUUCUGAGUAUUAGAAUUGCUCUUUUUUUUUUUUUGUACAAAAAUACUAAUCCUGAUUGGUUCAUUCUUUUUUCUAGACAAAUUCUUUUUGUUUAUCA